AUGCCGGCAUUUGAGAUUCCAGAAGCCGUCAAAGCGCUGGGAGUCCCGAUUUUCGAGCCAAACGAAAUUUUCACGCUUUCAAAUCGCAAGAAUCUCGUGGAAAGUCAAGCCAAGCAGAGCGAGAAUCUGGAAAAAUUGAUCGAAAAAUCACAAGAAGUAGUAAAAUCUGAUAAAAUUUCAAAAUUGUUUGCAAUUUCAGUAUGCCGACGUAGUUCAUCCCCUUCACAAAAGUGUUCCGGCGUAUAUAUUCGAGGGGGCGGAGCCAAUGAGUGACGGAAUUGCUCAGGCGGCUCUUCUGACCCGGAGCGUCGUCCGAAACGGUCUUCCGGACGCCAUUCUUCACAAUUCUGCCGCCAAAUUGGAAAUCGACGAGGAAACGGUCAGAAUUUUAUCAAAAACCCUUUCCGGACCUGUUUUCCAUCGAAAAACACUGACAAUCUCUAAAUUCACAAAAAUCGCAAAAUUGCAGGUGCGUGACGCAAUUCUGCACGGUGAACGCUACAAUCCGACGUUGGACAAACUUCCGAAGCGCUUCGAUCCGGUCAUGUUCUGGAUUCGUCAUGUACGCCUUCACGGAACACCUGUUGUCAAGAGAAAGUACGCAUUUGGCUGGAAAUCUGAAAACAACUAAUUUUCCAGCAAUAUAAUCCUAAACAACCUGCUCCGACAAGUGAUUUUCGCCGGAUUGCGCACGCACGCACUCAAAUUCAAUUGGCAGUGAGUUCUUGUAGGAAUUUUCACGAUAAAUUCAACAAAAAAGCUUGCAGAGUGAAUCGUGACUCACCCCUGUCGGUUUUGCUCUCCGGCGGCCGUUAUUUCUCAAAAACGCCGCUGGUGCUCCGUGCUCAGCCACAUUUGACCGUACAGGCGCCAGAUUACAAUGUUAUUCAGCCGUGGGCCGGAGCAAUCGACGUCAAGGAGGCCAGGUAUGCAGCAAAAAAAAGAAUGAGCCAAAAAUUGAACAACUGGAGAGAAAACAGUGCAAAGACAGCUUUUUUCCGUGAAAAAUGCGAGAAAAUUGCAGUUCGGAGCCGCUGCCGGACAUUUACCCGAUCUCUCCGAUUAUCGACUUUGAAAAGGAUUCUAUCUACAACGACGAUCUUCUUUUAACAAGAAAUGAGCAGAAUACACAUGUGCACUCGAUUCUCUGGGCGCGGGAACAGGAUCAGAAGUAUCCGUGGACCAGGUACGCAAAAAAUGGGUUUUGUGGUGUAAUUGUCGAGAAAAUGUUCAAGAAAUAGUGUAUUUGAGUCAAAAAUUACAUAGAUAGACCACUUUCUACCUGAUGACAAUAAAAAUCGAUAAAAAUGGAAAACGCCGUGUUUGAGGUCGGGAAAUGUACUAUGUUCAAGCUAGAACGACAAAAAGUUGCAAAGACUCGGAAAGAUCGCAAAAUUUGACAAAAAACCUGUCAAAAAACAGUUUCUAAGACACACGUAUGAUAUGUUCGCACCGAAAAACAAUACAGAAAGGAGAAGAACAGAGGAGAACCGGCCAAAAUCCAUAGUUUCGCGGUGCGCGCGCAGAUCAAAUACGGAAGGGUCUCGCAGCGAUCGGACAAAUUUAUGGGCGCGCAUUCAAAAUGAGCACGCGUUGCGGUCUUUUGGGACGACUGGGAGGACGGGGAGAAAAAAAAGAGGAUCGCUCUCGCCGGAUAGUCAUCUCGGAGGGAAGGACCGCAGAACGGGACUCCAAAAUGAUGACAAUUGGUGACCGGGUCAGGACCGUUCAAGGAUUGUCGUAGAGAUCAAACGAUGUUUACGACUGUUUCGUUGGUUUUGUCAUCAUCUGUUCGUAGUCUGGCGUCGCGUUCUGCGGUCCUUCCCUCCGAGAUGACUAUCCGGCGAGAGCGAUCCUCUUUUUUUUCUCCCCGUUCUCCCAGUCGCCCCAAAAGACCGCAACGCGUGCUCGUUUUGAAUGCGCGCCCAUAAAUUUGUCCGAUCGCUGCGAGACCCUUCCGUAUUUGAUCUGCGCGCACAUCGCGAAACUAUGGACUUUGGCCGGUUCUCCUCUGUUUUUCUCCUUUUUGUAUUGUUUUUCGGUGCGAGCACAUCAUAAGAGUGUCUUAGAAACUUAUUUUCCGUUAUUAAUCUAACGGCGACCUAAUAAGGUUGAUAUGACACCUAAUUAGAUUAAUAAAUAGUCUAGCUAGAUUAAUACAUCUUCUAGCUAGAUUAAUAAGUGCUCAAAUCAACUUUCACGACAACCGUCUGCUGGCUCAAAUCUCGAUUGCGCCAAGAAAAAACAGUCGAAUCUAAUUAGGUCGCGUUUAGAUCAGUAACUUUCUAAUUAGAUUAAUAUCGCAUUGCCAGAAAUAGCAAAUUUUCCGGUCUUUUUUAGUACAAAUCUCUUUUCGUUCUAGUUUGAACAAAGUACAUUUCCCGACAUCAAACACCGAUUUUUCCACACUCGUAUCUUAAGUUUUGGCAUAGAAACAGAAAAAGUUGAGACGAUAAAGCAAGGGCUUUUGUAAAUUUCCUGGAAAUAUGCAUCAUAUCUGGCCUACAAGGUUCGAAAAUGUCUAGCUUUCAGCGAACAAAACAUGGCGAACGCAAUACUGACGACGUACGCGGCCGCUGUGGCAGAAGCCACCAGAAAGGGAGAAACGGAGCUGAAAAAACCAGUUGUACGUUUUUCUUCAAGAAAUUUAGAAGUUCAGCAUUUUUCCCUCUAAAAAAGCAAAGACAAAUUGCAGCUCGUGCGCGGAGUCCAACUGGUGAACGGACGUCUCGAUUUGGUGGCCUUUCAGCUGAACACGCUGAAAACGAUUGAAAAUGACGAGAAUGCCGAGAAAAAUAUCGUUUGGAUCGAGAAAGGUACUUUUCCAUAAAAACAUUAAAAACACAUUUCUUCCUCAAUAAACUUCUAACCCACUUGGGGGAUCCAAACAUUGCAGGCUUCUUGGACUUGGAGGAGUAUAUCUCGAGACCGGAUGAUCGGAUCGGUCUGAAACUUGGACCCAAUAUACUUCAAUCCAAGUCUAAGAGGCCUGCAAAGUUUGGUCGCGAUCGAUUCGUUACAAGUGGUCUAAAAGUCCAGACCUCAAAAAGCUUUGAAAUGGCCUGGGCCGAAAUUGAGAGAGCCCAGCCCUGGUGUUUGCUCAAAAAAUGCGUCAUGAAUCGAUUCAUUUCAGGAGUCCGUCUCUACAAGCCAAAACCGUACUACGAGCAGCUGGAACACGUGGAGAAGCUCGACAUGGACGUUUUCCGCAAAUUUGUAGCCUUGAUGCUCGGAUUCGGAACCCCACACGCUCAUUGA